GCAGGUGGUUUACCGGCGGGGGUUUAAAUUCCGAAAUAGUGUAUGAGUAUGAUGAUGUAUUGCAUGAUCUGUCGACACAUAGUUGGUGAAUAAAAUUGAAAAUAUCAGAAAUCCGUUUAGUCUGGUUUAAGUUUAAUUUAAGUAUGGCAAAAAGUUUGUACGUAGCAUAUGUACUUUGGUUUUUUGGUGGAUUUUAUGGGCUUCACCAUUUCUAUUUACAACGUGAUCGACAAGCUCUUGUAUGGUGGAUGUUUGUUGGGGGUUAUUUUGGACUAGGAUGGUUGCGAGAUUUAUGGAGACUGCCGGAAUAUGUGAAAGAUGCAAAUGAGGAGACAGGUUAUAUGGAGAAACUCGCCAAGAAAAUGAAGAAAGAUGAUAAACCUUCAUCAAGUUUUGUACGUUAUUGUGGUCAGUUAAUUGUUUCAGACGCCUUUGGUUAUCUUGUUCUGGCAGCAAUUCCUUCUGAACAUGUACCAGAUUGGUCUCAUCCGCUUUUGGCAGUAUUUGUUCCUUUGGCAGUGGCCAUUGGUAUUCAUCUUGUGGGAAACAUUGGACGAGAACAAGGCUCCUUCUGGUGGCCACUGUUAGGUGCCUACCUGACAUACCCAUUAUACUUCUGGAGCUUGAACAGUGUCUUCUGGACAUCUUUGUUCUCUCAGUGUUUUUUUAAUUGGUAUUCUAAAAAGUGGCGAAGAAAACCUCUGCCUAGACGUCACAUUUGUAAACGACUAUUGGUCCUUACAUUUUGUGGAGCACUGUACAUCUCUCUUUGGGGUUCGUGGCUAUAUUUCAACUGUACUGUAACAGAUCAGAGCGGAGAUGAAAUAAAGUGUCGAGAUGCGGCUAAGAAUUUUUUCACUAGCCCCAUGUGGCAAGAAUUUAAAUCUGUGAUGAAAGAUAUUUAUGUCUUUGCUCAGUAUAAUGGCUGGAAAGAAAUAUGGCACCAAUUAAUUCAAGCAUUUGAUCCGCAAGGAGAAGUAAAUGCUUUAAAGGUUUUAAAUCUGGAUUCCAGUGCUACACAGGAAGAGAUUACUGCUCAUUACAGGAAACUCUCCAGACAGUGGCAUCCUGAUCGGCAUAAAGAUCCUGGGAAGAAGCAAGUAGCACAAGAGAAAUUCAUUGAGAUCCAAAGAGCUUAUGAAGUGCUGUCUCAGAUCAAGUCCAAGAGGCUGACUCGUAACAAAAAAGAACGAGAUAAUCCUGAGGCAGCGUAAAACUGAAUAGGAAUUUCUAAUGAAACAAUUAAAUUACAUAUCAGUUACAGUAUAUUCACAUCAUAAAAAGUAUCUAUUGUUCUAACUAGUCUUAAUGCUCAUUUCUAAAUAUCUAAUAUUUACAAACCAUUUCAGUCAUUCUCAUGUUUGUAUAAUGUUUACAAUUAGUAAGAUUUCUUGAAUACGUUCAGUCUGAGGAUCCUGUUUCUACCCUGUCUAUUUUGUAUAAAAAUGGAAAUCACUAGUAUUCAUGGACAUGCUGGAAGCAAUGAACUUGUGAUAUCUUCUGUUAAUUCUUCAAAGUAAAGUUUUAGUUACUAUCAGGUAGUUUUUUUGGUGAUUCAACAAAGUGGUAAUGGGUUAUUUGUAUAUAUAUAAUAAAAAAAAAGUUAAACUUGGUUUCAAAAUCUGUGUUUUGUGAUGAUUAACCACUGUUGGAAAUUAGUUUGCGAGGAAAUUCUCCUUUUUAAUUAAUUCCUUAAACCUGAGUGGACGCUUUGAGAGUCCGACUGAAAAUCCCGGUUUAUCCAUUGGACAGUCAUAGCAUCUGAUAACAUUUAUGUCUCAUUGGCUGAAAACUAAUCCAAACCAUGUUAUUAUCCACAAAAUUAAGAAAAUUGCAAUUGUAUAAAUUAUGGUGACAAUUAUUAGGAAAUCAUGAAAAUAAUUCCAGCAGAACAUGUAACAAAUUACAGGAUUAUUGAAUUAAAGAAGUACAAGUACUCACCUUUGUGAGGACCUGGUUUCUUAGUGUGUGGAGUAUCAAGUUUUCUUCAAGUUAAAAGUACUUCUUCAUGCACUAUUCAAACUUAAUUUCCAAGAAAUAUAUAAAAAAAAACAGAAUUUGAUACCAGUUUCCAAAAAAAGGUACUCAAAUUAUAAAUAAAAUUAGUAUUGCAUAGAAGGAAAAAAGCAUUGGAAAAUUUAUGUUUAGAAUUAGCUGGAUGAGAUUUGUUGGAACUGAAUAGAAAGAAUAAGUGUACUAACUUAAGUAUUAUUUUAUGGGUGUAGAAUUCAAAGUCUGUCAGAAAAGCUUGUUUAAUUAAUUUUAUUUAUAUAUAGUAGUUAAAAAAUAGUCUUCUAGGUAAGGCACUGAUCUUGAUUUUAAGUUAACCGGACUCAAGAUAGAAUAAUGAUAAUAAUAAUAAUUUAUUUAGCAAUUUAUCAUAUUAAUUAUUUCCUUGGACCUGAGGUUGUACUAUUGAGUUAUGAUGUCUAUAUUUCUAGUAGCUCUAGAGCAUAUUUAGAUAGAGUAUUUGGAGAAUUUCAUAUUAUGGAUUACUUACUUGGUUUUUUUUUUUUUUUUUUUUUAGUAGCUUUGUAAAACAUUUAACCAAAACACGGUACCAUAUGUAACUCGGACCAUUAAUUAUACGGCUAAAUGUUUCCAUGGAGAGUUAAAACUUGAGCUUUGCUUAUGUCCCUUGUGGUUUUUUUUUGGUCCAUGUUGUUGACACGAUGCUUUCAUAACUGUGUUGUUGGAGAUGCAUAUCUAAGAGUACUUUUUGGCAUUUUAAAGUUCAUACAGUGUACUGUAUUUUUUCCUUUAAAUAUAAUAUUUUUGAAUAUUUCAAUUGGUACACUAAUUCCAAAAAUUUCACUGUUGUAUUUGUUACACCUUCUAUUGGGAAUGAUAAAUUUUAGAAGUUGAAAUGUAAGCCAUUCACUUACUGUAAAAACAAUCAAAUAGGAGCUUAAUGUCAUAUAGACCAGGGUGUUGUUGUGUAAUAUUGUAUGUGUCACGUUUGUUACUUUAUAAAUAAGAAUUCAGAGCUUUGUAAGAAAGUAAACUUGCAGUUGUGAAACUACUAUAGUUAGUUUCACUGUCGUCAGUUUGAUUCAUAAAUUUAGAGAACCUGUUCAUCGAUGAUGUCAUGUUUGUCUAAAGUUGAUUCAUGUUAAAACUGUUAGUUAUCACUUCUAAUCGUUAUAAUUGUUUGAAAUUAAGUAUGUCUAAAAUAGAACAUAAUAAGCAAAAGUACCCGUCCCCAGUGACAGGAAAAGAUUAAGUUGAUCUAUCAAUUUAAAUUAUUUCAUGGACUUUAAAAAGGUUAAUUGUACUGUACUCUUGAUUUCACUAAGAGCCAAAGCUCCGAGCUACUUAUACCACCCACUGAGAAAGGUAAUUGUUGAGCAUUUCAGUCAUGCUAAGAGCCACUCAACAGUAACAUAUGGUAAAUAUACAUUUUUAUUCUCUAAGUUAUGCACAUUUGAAAU